AUGCCAAAAUACGCUUGGCCAGUCGAAUUUGCUCAUAAUUUAUCGACUUGGAGGUUUAGUAUUAAUCAAGAUAUAUACCUCCGAAGCGAUUUGAACAUAAAAUACUUCAAUGGGACUCUCAAUUGCAGCCAUUGCAGCUUUAGAGUCAGAAAUUCUAAAUCAGACAGCACACCCCGCGAUUUAAUUUUGGGCGGAAGCACGAAAAAAAUCGAAAAUAUCAAUUUAUUCUUAAGAACGCUACGACAUACAGGAUGUAAAUGUACUGUUGUAUUCCUUGUUGACAAUGAAGCAUACAAAACUUUAACGUCUGAAAUGAUUAAAGAUAUCGAACUCUGUGGCGGCCAAAUUAUCAACAUGGGCAUUCCAGAGUUCGAUAUGCCAUAUAACUACUAUACUCUCAUAUACCUAUGGGAUUAUUACGUUGUGAAAAGAAAUUAUUAUCGAUUUGAUCGGAUUAUGAAGUGCGACAUGUUCGACACAUUAUUCCAAGGCGACCCAUUUAACGAUGCUUUUCAACCUGAUAAAUUCUACAUGAUAGAAGAGAAGAAGCCAAUUCUUGGUCAAUUUCCAAAGUAUGAAGAAAUUUUUCAUGAUCUUAGAUUAAACCCAACAUCGAUGUCCACCGUAGCAUGUGCGGGAAUUUCAUUUGGUUACACCCAGCCAUUUACAAGAGCUUUGGAUACAUUCUUCUCUUACUUUGUUUGGGAUAAAGAAUGGCAUGAUCAACACCUCUUCAAUGUACUGUAUCUGUCUGGCUCGUUUAAGAAUAAUGGUGUUUCAUUUGUUAGAUAUCGAUUCAUGGAAAGAGUCCGACACAUGUACGAAAAUAGAAAUGAUGCUGAGAUUGGUUAUAUAACAGGUAUAUAUAAUAACUAUAUUUAUGCUCAAGUUGUUCAUCACGUUCAUGUUGCUCCAAAACUUUUGGAAAGUAUGCUGAAAUACUGUCCAAAUAAUAACUCCGAACUUUUGAACUACGUGACAAAACCACGGCCUGAUUAA